AUGGCUGCAGCUCCCCCCGUCGACGAGCCUCAAUGGCCUCCGCGAUCCCCGCACGAAGCCCUCCUCAGCACUCCCGGCGGCCGCGAACGAUACAGGCGCAUGAACAACCGUACAUCACCUUCCCCGUCUCCCUUGAAGAAGUCAAGGGCUGUCGGCUUGGGUGCGUCAAGAUCUGACGGCGCGCCAGCUGGCGGUGACGACGCCACGGGUGACGAGGAAGACGAUGAGGAAACAUUGGAACUCAAACUCCAGGAAAUCCAAGCGAGGUUGAGGUUGAAGAAGCUCCAGAGCGCAAAGGCCAAGAAGACAGAGGCGGGACCAGCAUCACGGCUCGAGGACUCGCCCUCAAUACCUAAAAGAACCGACGCGGAACACCGAUCCGCAUCCCAACGCCCCAUCGAAGUCCCCGCAUCACCUGUGCGCAAGGCACGGCCAGACCCGCCGCAGACGUCACCCCGUGUGUUGCUGGGAAUCGAGGGCACGACGAGAGCAAUAUCUCUGAAGAGAGCGCCGAGCGUCCGGAGGAAUCCAGACUACGGAAACAACCAGCCGCCCCAUCAGCCCCAGCAACAGUCUUUCGGGGGGUAUCUCAAGAGGUCGCAAACACCAAGCUCCAACGGCGCCUCGGCGCAGCGUGCCCCUGAGGCCAUUCGACCCAUGAGCUUCAAUGAGCGUCUGUCAGCCGCGCGAACGGAGGAAUCUGGCCGAAACGACAAGCUGGCGCGGAUCCGGCAGGUACGGACCACAGCGUUCGGGAUCGGCCAGAAGGAGAUUGAGGACCUGAAGAGCAAGGCCGUGGAUCUGCCACCUCCACCACCAGAGGAGGCGCCCCAGUUCAGCCGCGAAGAGAUCAUGGGCGAUGCAGCCCCGGGUGCAUCUAAGCGCAAGGAGGAAAGGAAAGCUCCCGAAGACGUGCCUGAGACCGAAGCCACCUCCUUCGAGCCCUACUCCAGCUAUCACCUCAAGAGACGCAUCGUCCCGCAUAGCAUGCUGACGCGUCACCUCUCGGGCAAGAAGAUCAUGACGAUCAAGGAGCUCUGUCAGCAGGUCAAGGCGCCGGACUAUGAGCUCCCCGACAUCGAGCAGGACAUUGUCCUCUUCGCCAUAGUCGCCAAACGUUCCGAACCCCGCGCGCACCAGCCCCGCCCCGACAGAAACGGCGUGCAGCAAGCCGACCGCGGCAAGUACAUGGUUAUCACCGUCGUGGACCUGGAGCUCGAGCUCGAGCUGUUCCUCUUCAACUCGGGCUUCACCCGCUUCUGGAAGAUCGGCGAGGGCACCGUCAUGGCCAUCCUCAACCCAACCAUCAUGCCGCCGCCGCAGGGCCGCGCCGGCGCCGGUCGCUUCAGCGUAGUCAUCAACUCGGACGAAGACACCAUCAUCGAGGUCGGCAUCGCGCGCGAUCUGGGCUCGUGCAAGUCGAUCAAGAAGGACGGCAAUCCCUGCGGCAGCUGGGUCAACAUCAAGCGCACGCAGUUCUGCGAGUUUCACACCAACGAGGCCAUCAGCCGGGCGCGCCACAACCGCAUGGAGGUCAACAAGGCCGAGUUUGGCGCCAACGACCGCAGCGGCUCCCGCCUGCGCUCGCACGAUGUGGGAUGGAAAGACGGGCGCGACAAGUCGGACAAGGGCACCAAGGCGGGCUCGUAUGACCGGUCGACGCACAGCCACUGGUUCGCCAGCAAGAGCAUGACGCCCGCGGAGCUCAUUGAUGGCGCCAAUCGGUUCGCCGACAAGCAGGAGCGCAAGGAGGGGCUGAAGCGGCGGCUCGUCGCACAGGAGAAGGAGAGGGACAUUGUCGACCGGCUGACCAAGAUCGGCAGCGGCGCGGGGAGAGACUACAUGGUGCAGACAGGCCGGCAGCGUGACGAGGCAAGGGCCAGGGCUAUCCCGGCGUCCGGGUCGUCGGCGUCGCUCACGUCCACGGCCAGCGACGCACCCGUCAAGCUAGAUGUCAAGUCGCUGGGUCUACUAGCGCUCAAGGGUCGCGAUGCGGUCCACCUCGGGCCCGUGAAGCGGAAGCGGCCGGACAGCUCGCAAUCUAUAUCUACAGCAGGAGUUUCCACGGCGACAGUCAGCUCCGCGCGAGGAGCGGCGUUCGGCUGGGGCGGGAACCUCAAGGAUAAGCUGGGCCGUAUGAAGGAGGGGGAGAAAUUCCAGCCUGAGAGUGACCGGCAACCGGUGCGGAAGAAGACGCGGUUUGUGACAGAAAAGGGCAUUCGCGAGGCGGGACGUGAGAGUCUCGGAGAUGCGCUGCCGGUGGAUGCCGGGAGGAGAAUGGUCACGCUCGACGAUGAUGACGAUGACGAGUUGGUCAUACUCCAGUAG